AUGGCUGUGGCGAUGCGACCCAAUGGUUUACAUCAUGCAGUUUCGUUAGGCACCAUUGAGGUGGCGUCUAAGGUAACGGCUUCUAGCCAUUACGAUCGCAGUUACGACUCCGAAGAUGAGAAUAUGAGCCGACGCCGUUUGCGACACACCUCCUCCACAGAACUGUAUCCGCGCCCAUCCGUUUACUCCAAAGGCGACAUACGCGAACAGUACUGCCUAACUGAUCGUCAGCUGCAUAGCAUCGAGCGGCCGCGUCGCGAUCGCUUCUUCGGCUGUCUCUCGCGUCGUAGCGGUGUGCAGCAAUCGUUUCUGGGCGGCUGUGUGGGUCGGCGUGUGCCCUCCGAUGAGAAUUUAGCUGCUUACGCGCCCUUCUACAAAUAUCCGCGCUAUCAACGACCUUUUCAAAAUCACGACGACAAAUCGCCCGAUUCCGAUAUGGAUAGUUCCUAUUUUCGACGUCAACCAGCUUCAAUAUUGAGCACUGCGAAAACGCAAGACACCGGCGUUGGCGCUGGCACAAGCUCUGUCGGCGUUGGCGUCGGCCCUGGCGCAUCUGUGGGAGGCAUGGGUUUGCCUCCGAAUCAACGCUACUCCUGGAUGGGCGCUCCGAGCGGCAUUGGAAACGAAAAUGUCAACUUUAGCAACGAUCCAAGAACUAAGCAUGUCAGUUUCGCUCGCUCGCAUACACUCACCUCCUUCGACGAUGUCAAUUUGGGUUUCCGCUCAUCCGGUCGCAUGAAGACCACACGCAGUCAGGAACGUCUUAUUGGCGGCAAGAAACCGAUCAUUGCCACCGGCAAUAUCUACGAGUCUACGCAACUGCCCGCGCAUAUGGCACAACAGCCGACGGUUUUGCAUACACAACAGCAACACCAGCAGAUGACACAUCAGCAGCAACAACAGCAGCAGCAACAGCAUCCACACCCGCCGACCAAUUAUAUAACGACGUUGCCACCCGCACUCGCCAUGCAUCCACAUGCACAACAAGCCGUCAUACAUCAGCAUGCGCCACAUAUUCAUCCCUCGCAUGGACAUGGCCAUUCACAUCAACAUCAUCACGGGCCACCCAUCCACAUACAUCAGUUUGUACCGACCGGUUAUGCUAGUGGCGCCGAGUUGGGUGCUCAGAUUCAAACUGAACAACCGAUUUCCUUGUUAACCGGCAGGCCUCUCACACAUAUGGAUGAUAUACCACUUGGUGUCGGUGGUGCUGGAGCGACGGCGCAUGGUGGUAUGAUGCCGACCGGUAUGGGUGUCUUGACAUGUGCCACACAGGUGCUGGCGCCACCCAGUCCCGAGGUAUUGGUGGUCGAAAAGAAGUUCCGUAAUGCCAUGAAGACGCAAGCCACGCAAACUGAGGUGCGGAAGGAUGGUUUCGCGCAGGUUUUGGCGCUGAGUCCACGCACCAUGCAUAAGGUGAAGGUGGUCUCACAAGGCGCACAAACGAAUGGGCUGCUGAAUGGCAAGAAGCUUGCAAAAAGUUUGUCGGAAAUGCCGAAUGGCAAAUUGUUACCUGGAUUAGAUGACAGGCAAAUCAGAAACUUUAUCGAUCAUAACGCUGUUUAUCGCACGCAGUCGGAGGAACCGCCAAAGUCACCGCUGGAGCUCGGCGAUCCAAACAAUAUUAAUUACUACGAACCACCGCCACCGCUUGACACAAUUUCCUAUUACAGUCAUCGCUCGUCACAACUGCCCUCGGAGGAGAGUAUGCCCUAUUUUCCUAAGGACGUGCUCGCUUUCGACUACGAGAGCAACAGCUUGCCACGCCGCGCUUGCACAUUUCAUCGCGAGAGCAGCUUCAGCUCGAAUAGUCUGCCGCGCCGUGAACCACUGCAUGCACAUGAGAUAUGUAAACACAUAACCGAGUGUACGGAAUUGAUGGGUGAGCCGAAUGGCGGUGUUAAUGGUGGUAAUGGCGGUUUGCUUGAUUUCUCUAAGCCGCAUUUGUUGCCACCACCUAGUGAGUACUGUAAAGAUGCCGACGAGCCACUGACAUCUACUUCCACGUUGACAGCGGAACCCGCACCCGAACCCGAAGUUGUAGAUACAAGUCGACGUAAGUCUAUGGUAGCCGUAUUGCCACCACUAGACGCCGAUAUUACACCUACACCGUUCAGACGCGAUGACUUACGACGUCAGUCAAUGCCUAUUUAUGUAAAAACCGAAAAACUGAUUGAUGGUUUCGGUCCACGCACAUCUUUCCGCUCGAAGAUUAAACCGAAGCCGGUGAUAGGCGGUAGUGAGGAAAUUUCCGGUGAUGAGAAAGAGAUCUUUAUUGACUUCAAACCAAAUGUUAUGAUGAAAGCGAGCGCACAAAUGCCGCAAGCUAAAUACCGACCAAUCUAUAAGCCGCUACCGCCAACAGUAGCGCAACUUGAGGAAAGCAAACAACAGAAAGCGGUUGAAGAAUGUGAAAACUGUCGCGCACUACAAGCAAGCGAACCGCGUUCCUCCAUCAGUGAUGAUGACUACGAGGAUGAGGCUGAGCCGGAACAGGUCACAGAUAUGGAAGAUGAAAAAGCCAAGCAAGAAGAAAGCGAUCAGCACGAUCCACUAUACGAGAAUGUGCCCGCAAAUGCGCCGAGUAUGGCAGCCGAACGACGCGCCAGCAUGCGCAAGCGUUCUGUGAGCUUGGACGAACAAAAUGUCUCGCCCGAAAAAGGUAACGGCAUCUCGGCGCCACCAAGCCCGUGUCGCGAGGAAUUGCUCUUCGCAAAUGCAUCUACUUAUCCAUCCUCAGAUUCGCUGGCCAACGACGUAACACGCGAUCACUCAGAUGGCAUUUGGAAUGAAUCACAGGUUACCGUACUAACUGCCGAACCGCCGAAGGAAGGCACCGAAGGCGCAUACACCAAUGCGAAUAUGUUGCUGACGCCAACGACGCGACGGAAAAAUCUACUGCUGCAACAUCAACAACGCAGCUCCGUGGAUACGGACGCUUUGGAUUUGGAAGACACACAAGUGGAUUUGAGUCCCACCUAUGGCAUUGUGGUGAACGCACUACCAACCACCGCUAAGAGCGCAAAAUCCGGCGCGCUCAUCACACAACAGCCGCAAGCGAGUCGCGAGCCCAAAUCGACCACGUUAACGGUGCCGCAGAAAAUCACCACACCCUCGAUCGCAGUCACACCCAGUCUACCGUUGGCUAAAGAGAUCUCACCCAAAAAAUCACCGGGCACGAGUAAACGUGUCGUGCAAGAGCUACCCACACUAACACGCGAUGGACGACGUACAUCGGAUGUGCAGCAGACGCGUGCUGCCACCGACGCGAUCAUGACCGUCGCAGCUACUUUGACCAACAACAGCAACAACAAGUUCAAUAACACCACAGAUGUGUCGGAGUGCAGCACGAAUACCGACGAGUAUGCCACUUGUACAGACACGUCGAAGCGCACGCCAGGUAUUAAGACACCACCAACAACAACAAGCUCAUCAUCAACGACACAAGUACCAGUGUCAACACAAAGUUCACAGAUUGACCGUACGCAAGGUUCAUCCUUUGAGAGCGCCUCUUCACUCUACUCAACGCGCGGUGAAGUGCUGACCGAGGAUAUACUGCAGCAUGAUGAAAAACCCACAAAACCGCAUAAGCUCGAGCGCGAGCUGCAGCUCAAGUCACCUGUGCCCAUAGCAGAGCAGGCGAAACGCUCACCUUCGCACUCGAUUAGCAGCACCUCGUCAGGUAGUUAUAAUAUCGCUGGGUUAGCAACACCAUCGCCAUCUGCGAAGGAUGUGGAGAAGCAUGUGGAGCCAGCUGAGAAGGCAACAGCGUCGUCAACCAAAGCUUUACACGUAAAAAGUGUCGGUGCGCCAACUGCCAGCGUCGAACCGUCCGCUGUACGUGAGAAGCCGCGCAUCAAACCCGAGUCCAUAUCGGAUGAUGAACGUAGUGAGGUACGCUACUCAUCGUCCGGCUACUAUGAGAGUCCACAUGAUGAUGAUCAUGUGAUCAAGUCACGACGUCAUCGUCUCGAUGAGGAACGUAAACGCCGUAAGACGACAAUGAAACUAGACAUCGAAAAGGAGAAUUUACGCGCGCUCACUAGUCCGAUUAAGAAGCCAGCAUCCGCAAUGGCCGGCGCACACGCCACGCCUAUAGCUGCGGCGGUAGCGGCAGCCACAAAAGAGAAAAUAACAGAGAAGCAGUCCACCACUAGUGGGCACGCCAUUGAAACUACAAGUCCGAAUCGCAUUAAACGUUUCCGUCCAAAGAUACGUCGUCAAUUCAGACGGAGUUCACGCGAUGAUAGCACCCCGAAGCGACAAAAGAAUUUGGUGAAUUUGUAUGGUUUGCCGCCGACAGCGGGUAGCGCCGAGAAACUAUUGGACUACAGUGUUAGUGUUAAGAAGGAGCAGGAGCGUGAAGACAUACAUGUAACGGAGUGCAAGACGAGUAAAAUCACAACGCCGCAUACUGCCACGGCAGCUGUGGCCGCCAAAACUACAAAGUCUGCAUCAGAUGUGUGUCAGCUGAAAGCGAAAUCUAUAGAGUCUCUACGUUCCGUCUCGCCCGGUUCUGACUCGGUGUUCUACAGUGAAGCUGAUGGUCCCGUGCAGGAGCCACAUAGUCAUUGUCUGCACUGUGGUAAGGGUACAGAGGGUCAGACUACAAAUAUAAGCACUUUGGCUGGCGACUCUGUCGAAUCACUGCCUUAUAUGGGAAAUGAACAUGAACAGGAUAUUGUAAAACCGCCGUCGGACUUCGCCGACUCACCGGUAACUGCGAAAACAACGCAACGUCUCUAUAAGAAGAUGGACAAACGUUUUCGAUCUGAGGAGCGUUAUCAUGCAGGCGAACGUGGUCGACAUUAUAAGACACGGCAGGAGAAUAUACGCGCAAAGAGCGAAGAACGCAGUCGCGAAAGCGUACACUCACGCAGUCCACAGAGCUUACGUCCAGCCGGUUCGAGUCCGUGUGUACUGCCGGAUGCAGCGGUUGAGCAGAGCCAGCAGAUUAUUUAUCGUGGUCAUUACGAUCCUGCGCGUUAUUCACGCCUCACCGAUGCUGACGUUUGGACCCAGUUAAAUCACCAAAGUUUCGAUCGCCAACGUGAUCGCCGUCCGUCAACGGAGUCGGAGCGCAGCUUUCACUCAAAGUAUCAAGUCAUACUGCAUCGUUUGGUGCAGCGACGUUGCACCUUGGAAAUGUAUCAUCGCCAACGGAACAAUAAUUUUCGUAAGUUUAAUUAUAUGUGGGUAUAUGUCGUAAAAAAACAGUGA